GCAAGCAAUCACUACAAAUGUUACAGUGGUUGUCGAGAGCCCAGUAGAAUCCGGCUUAUGUGCUUCAGUGAACUAGAGCGGAGUUCGCGUGAUCCAGAAGGCCUCGACCAACAAGCUAACUACAAGUAUGAGUGAUAGCGCGGAUAAAGAUUGUGUAUUUCACCGCCACGUUCCCCUACGUGAUACUGGGUAUACUGCUGGUGCGUGGGGUCACCCUAGAUGGCGCCGUGGACGGAAUUGUGUACUACCUCAGACCAGAUAUAUCUAGACUCGGGGAUGUACAGGUCUGGAUGGACGGAGGAACACAGAUAUUUUUCUCGUAUGCUGUUGCCAUUGGUAUAAUGAUAACCCUUGGGAGUUAUAACAAAUUCACAAACAAUUUUUACAGGGACUGUAUAUUGAUAUCGUCGAUAAACAGCGGGACCAGUGUCGUAGGAGGAUUCGCUGUCUUCUCCGUACUGGGAUUCAUGGCCAAACAACACAACCUUCCGAUAGCAGAAGUGGCUGAUGCUGGUCCCGGCCUGGCCUUUAUCACGUACCCUAAAGCCCUGACUGAGAUGCCGAUUUCUCCGCUGUGGGCAGUGCUUUUCUUUUUUAUGAUAAUUCUACUGGGACUAGACAGCCAAUUUGUUGGAGUUGAAGCUGUUAUCACACCGAUUGUCGAUUGCUUUCCAAACUACCUACAGAGGAAAAGUCGGCGGAUGGUGUUCGUAGCUGCCUACUGCGUGGUAUCCUACUUUGUAGGGUAUUCUAUGGUGUCUAGGGGUGGGAUCUACAUUUUCCAGCUGUUCGACUACUACUCCGCUAGUGGUCUCGUGCUGUUGUGGACAUCUUUCUGGGAGUCUGUCGCCAUUGCCUGGGUGUUUGGCGCUGACCGAUUCUACGAUGCCAUUGAGAUGAUGAUAGGUGCCAGAAUCAACCCGUACUUGAAGAUCUGCUGGAGAUAUACAACACCCAUCGUGUCUAUGGGUAUGUUGGUGGCCCAGCUCGUCAUGUUUAAACCCCUAACCUAUAACAGAACUUACAAUUAUCCGGCUUGGGCCCAGGCGUUCGGAAUAAUGCUGGCCCUGUCGGCCAUGAUGUGUGUCCCUGUGUACGGUCUCGUCAAAUUCAUGGGUGCAGAAGGAUCAAUAAAGCAGAGAUGGAAAACGGUGACCACGCCGUUACUACAAAAACAUCAAAUUCAUCCCAGCUGGAGUUACAACCACCAGCUUCAAGUCAGGACUGACAAGAAAUAAUGCUAAUUGACAGCAUCGUACAAAUGAGCCAUUGAUGAAUUGUACGACCUUCAUUUCAUUAUCAACACAACAAUAUUUCAUCUACACAUCGAAAAACAUAUUGGCGUAAUCUUUCGCGAAUACUUGAUCAGGUUGUUAGCGUAGCCGAGUCGACCCAUACAAUAUUUACCACCCAAGAAGAUAUUAGUACACUUUUGUAAGGAAUAAAUGUAACAUAAAAAGGUUUAUCGACUGAAGUUUCGCACACUUUCACAUCGUAGUAAACUUUUCGUUUCGAUCAUUAAUAUUUUUGCUGAUGAAAGUGAUCAAAUGAAGUCACCGUAACGUCACGCUUGAAAUUCAUUACUCGUAAUACAAGUCUGUCCGACUCAACGUGGGUCUCUUUAGAGAAACCAAACCACAGGUGAAAACCCGACUCUACCAUACACAGUAAC